UUCGUUUUCCCUAGGCCUUCGUUUUGUAACAUGUCGUCCUUUGCACCUCCGACUAAAAAAGCAAGAAGAUCACCCAGUAAUGGCUCAUCAGCUGACACCGAGGAGGAUUUUUUUCCAGGUUGCCGUGCAAAUUUAAUGCGCGCGGAGAUUUUCCGUAGCGGUUUUUCGAGUGUUAUUUAAAAAGGGGUGUGGUAUUUUCCUUCUCUGAAUGUGUAUUUUCUUCUUUUAGGAAUAAGCAAAAUUGAGUACAAGCCCGAUGGAGGACCAGGCGAUAACCUGUGCUUCAAACACUACAACCCACAAGAGGUGAACAUGUUGUUCAAAAGUUAGACCUUGCCAGAGUGUGAAAUAGACUUAAUUGUGCAGAAAUUAUAUCUGAAAAUGAUGGCGAUGUUAAUGCGUACUCGAGGGUGCUGGUUUAGUAUUGGACAAAAACGUACCUGUAGGUUUGAUACAAACUGUUCCUGAAAAAUGGGGAUGUAUUGAUCAUUUAAUAUACAUGUAUUUUCUUUCAACAUUAGGUGGUGAUGGGAAAGACAAUGGAAGAUUGGUGUCGAUUUUCUGUUUGCUUUUGGCACACAUUCAGAGGCACAGGUAUGUGGUGAAAAAAUAACAGGUAUAGAUGCUAAGCUUCUGAUAUGAUUUCAGUGGUUUACUGCUAAGGAGCAUUGUCAAAGAAGGACAGCAAGACAUAGCUUGAUCUCAGUGAACUACAAUCAUAAAAAUAUGUCCUAUAACUCUCAUUUUCCAAGAGUGAUUAUUGUAAGGCUUUGGUGGAAUUUUCGUGAUGCAUCAAUAAGACAAAAUAAAAUGUGCCUUUCUGCAAUUACCCAACAAAAUUAAUAAAAAAUUUAAUGCUUAUAAGUUUGUUAAACAAACAAUUUUGCUUUACUCUUGGACCAAAUCAUCACAGUGCAGUGGAACUGCUGUUGAAAGAUCUAUAUUUAACAGACAUACUAGUGUACUGCCUGUUGUGAUGGGGUAAGGGGAUAUUGCAGUGUGUUAUAGCAUUUUCCUACGGAUUGACUAUUUGAAGGAUUGUGUCCAAGCAAAUUCCCCACAGUACAAAGGAACUUACAGAAUACCCACCUUCAGUUCAUUCAAAUUCCACAUUAUCCUCCAACUUUUGAAGCGACUGAAAAUAGUCAAAUACCGUGGAAAUCAUAUAUCAGUCCCUAAUUAAGCCAGAGAAAAUAACUUGGGGCAUAUUUAUAUGGACACAAAAUCAUGCUCCUUAUGCUUAACAUUUUGGCUAACAUCUCGAUCUUUCCACAGGAGCUGAUCCAUUUGGUUUUCCUACAAUAUCCCGGCACUGGGAUGAUGGAAGCAACAGCUUAGAAAAUGCAAAAAGAAGGCUGAGAGCAGCAUUUGAAUUUUUUGUGAAACUUGGUGUCAAAUAUUAUACUUUCCAUGACAGGUAAAUAUCGCAUUCUUUUUUGAGCACAUUUUAAAAGUGUGCACCCCAUGUAAUUAAUAAUGCUCACAUCAGUCUUUUUUCUUUAUUCAGCAUGCAAAUUUUGUUUUUGGAAUAUGUACUAGGAUUUUAGGAUUUUGUUGAGUCAUUGUUAUGCGCAGAUGAAAAUUUCUUUCCCUGGAUUGAUAUUUGCGCAAUACAAAUCAAUAAAUAUUAUUAAUAUUAUGCAAAGAAAGUCAUGUUCGAUAGCCCAGGGCUAGUGGAUUUUGCUAUCGGUCUAGUGAUUUUUGUUCUUAACUUGCCAGACAGACAAGUGCUGUUUUUUUGGGGAAAUUCAAAUUGCAGAAGGAUUGUAAUCAAUCCAGCUAAUCAAAAAGGGUUUUGGGGCUAGUUGAAAUGACUUGUGGGCUAGUACAUACUAGCUACAGCUUGCCCGAUCAGUGGUAGGCUGCAAAACUGUCUUUCUUUGCACCCUGAUAUUGGCCUGUUUUCCCAGUCAACACAACUCCUUAACUCAUCCUUACUUUGUCUGGUUACUCCUUGAACAUUAUGUCCAAAUCACUGAACAGAUUCAUGAGUAACUUUGAAAUCUCUGUAUAUAGUCAUCCCUGAAGAUCUAGGAGGCAGUUACAGUCAAACCAGAAAAACUGUGAAAUACCAGAAAUAUUUCUGGAAUGUUAUUGUGUUGCAAGAAAAAAGCCAAUCAGGUGUGAGAAAACUAAACCGCAAGCAAGACCGUUAAUUAGUUUGCGGUUUUGUGGCUAGUUCAUGUGUCCUGAUCUUUGCAUUGAUUGGUCAUCAUAACACAAUAAACAUUCCUGAGAUAUUUCAAGUGUUCAUGGUUUUCCCAGUAGCACUUUUUAUUGGUAUGGAAUUUACAAAUGUUAGAAAAGUCUAUAAAAGGAAAAGAGAACCACUGGGCAGUUGCAGAAGAACUUCUUUCUUAAAAUUCUGGUUAUUUCUUGGCCUAUGAGAAACAAGGAAUUAAAAUGCCCAAAUGUCUCUGGAACUGUUUUAGUAAGAUUAACUGCCCAUGGGGUGUAAACUUGCACUUAAAUAUUCCAUCCCACCAGGGUGUCUUAGGGAUUGUAUGCAGCUGUAAACAAUUGUGCUUUAAACUUGAAAUUGUUCCAAACAGUUUAAUAUUUAAUAUUUAUUUAAUAUUUCUCUCAUCUUUGAAACAUUUCUAGAUACAUUAUAAAAUCUCGGCGAUAUAUGAUAGUUGAUUAAUUAAUAAUCAGAGCCAAAGAAUCCUCAGAGUUGAGAGGUAUGCUUUUAGAAGUAAAUGUAAAUGUAAUUUAAGUAAAUGAACUGUUUUAUUUUGCUAGGGACAUUGCCCCUGAAGGAGAAAACUUAAAAGAAACAAAUUCUAAUCUUGAUGAGUUGACUGAUCUCGCUUUAGAGCUACAGGAAAAAACAGGAGUCAAGCUUCUUUGGGCCACUUGCAACCUUUUUGCCAACCCAAGGUAAUUUAAACUUGAAACAUUGUAAAUAUUUAUCACUAAGAGAAAAAAAUCUGAGUAUUUAGCUCCAUAGACUGGGCCUUGUUCACAGUGGACUGAACAUAUCAUAUGUCUGUGACCUGAUCAGUCUGAUCCAGUUUGCUGAAAGGUUGCAGUAGUGGAUCCAGGGGGGGCCAGCCUCCCCUCUUAUUUUUGGAUCAAACUGAAAAAAUUUUGUUGGCAGACCCUUCCCCCCCCCUCUCAAGGUCUGGAUCUGGCACUGGGUUGUGUCUCCCCAAUUUCUAUUCAGGGAUGGAUUAUGUGCUCUGAUAAAAUGAUCCUGAGCUACUCCCCUGGUCAGCCAGUCUCAGUCUCUAUUCAAAGUCCAUGCAUUAUGAAUAUCAACAUUGUGGGCUAGUUUGUCUACAUGAAUGUGUCUUGACUCCUUUGAGAAGGUAAAUACAUAAUUUUAUUUCCAAGUGAAAACCAGACUAGAGGGUAAUUUUUGGUAAUUUGAAAAUAGAACUCUUCAUUGUAAUAUUGUUCAUCCCCAACAGAAUUUGACAAUUUACACAUUAAAUUGUGCCGGCUGCUGACUCACAACUUUACUUUGAAAAACCCUCUGUUAUUUUGCUUUGUAUUUUUUUUAACAGGUACAUGAAUGGUGCAGCUUCUAAUCCAGAUGCUCAUGCAUUCGCUCAUGCAGCAGCACAAGUGAAGAAAGGUCUAGAGAUUGCCAAAAAACUUGGAGCAGAAAACUUUGGUAGGUUUAAUCAAACAUGCAGACAUCUGGCAAUUGUUUUAUUUAUCUCAUCAAUUAAAAGUAAGUGAACAAUAACAUACAGGCUCAGAAUUAGUUUAUUCUUUUAAUCUGAAAGCAAUAAUUUAUCAUUUUUAAUAGUGAGGAUCUAGUAAUAUUACAAUACAUAAUCACUUAAAUUAUGAAUUAUUGUUAUUAUUAAAUGGAUUAUUUUAUCAAUACUGCAGGCAGCUACAAUAACUAUAAUUAUUAUAGUCUAUAGUGAGAUUUAUUGAUUUAAUGAAUUAAAUUGCUGACAAUAAUAUUUUAUAAUAUAACAAUGAUAUACAUAACUGUAUUAAAUCAGUAAUGUUUGUACAAUAACUGAAAACUGCGAGUGAUAUAGCUGUUUCCUGAUAUGUUCAUUAACUUGUAAUGACAGUUUUCUGGGGUGGACGCGAAGGUUAUCACACAUUGCUCAACACAGAUGUCAAGAGAGAACUUGAUCACAUGGGCAGGUUUUUUCAAAUGGUCGUAGGUAAUUUUUUUACAUUAUAUUGUCUCAUUUGAUAUUCCUAUUUUAAAGUUACCUUUUGGUUAUAGGAAGAUGUUCCUAGAGUUGUUGGGUAGUAAGUAAGAGACUAAGAUAAUUUUCUUAACUUCCCACACCUGUAAAUAUGAUUCAUUUCUUUACCAGUUGACUCAUCUACCCACAUUUAGCACUGAUCACUGAUUUAAUUUUUCAAUAAUUAUUGUUGCCUUACACAUGUACCAGUUAUCAUUCAUUGUUGGUUGACUUAUUUAAGAGGCAGUCAAGAAAACACUUUCAUAGUUUGCACAACUUGUUCCCAGCUUUAGAGGCAAAAAGGCCUUUUUCAGAUCUUGUGAACCUUUCCCUAUAAUCAUUAGCUAAAAUGGUGGCUUGACUUGUAGGCCAUUUGCAUUGUGGCAUCAUCUAAAACGUCUACCAGAAUCAAUUUCAUUUUCCCUUUUGUAUUAUGUAAAUAUAGUAAUAUCAUUGAGGCCUGACUUGCACCAAAAAGGCCUGAUUUUCACAAGAAAGCAAAACCCUGUGGGAUUCAGGUAGUAAAGUAGUAGUAAAAUGAUGUCUUUUUUGACCUCGUAAUGACUAAUUAUAAUGUUAAAAUGAUUAUAACUUUUCAGAUUAUAAAGAGAAGAUAGGAUUUACAGGCCAGUUGCUAAUUGAGCCCAAACCAAAGGAACCAACUAAGCAUCAGUAUGACUAUGGUUGGUAUUAGUAGAUUAUUCUGAAUGCUACAACCCGACCUUUAUUUUUAUCAUAAUCCAACACUUAANUUGAGGCCUGACUUGCACCAAAAAGGCCUGAUUUUCACAAGAAAGCAAAACCCUGUGGGAUUCAGGUAGUAAAGUAGUAGUAAAAUGAUGUCUUUUUUGACCUCGUAAUGACUAAUUAUAAUGUUAAAAUGAUUAUAACUUUUCAGAUUAUAAAGAGAAGAUAGGAUUUACAGGCCAGUUGCUAAUUGAGCCCAAACCAAAGGAACCAACUAAGCAUCAGUAUGACUAUGGUUGGUAUUAGUAGAUUAUUCUGAAUGCUACAACCCGACCUUUAUUUUUAUCAUAAUCCAACACUUAAAUUCUUUGAUCAGUUAUGUCAUUCCUUUUUUUCCAUGACAAAGUCUUUUGGUUCUUGUUUCCUUCUUUUUUUUCUUUUUAUUUCUUUCCAUUCAUUCUCCCUCAGUUUAGUUUAAAUAUUGCAUUCAUACAUUCAUACAUUUCCACAUUCCUUUCCAUCCCUUUCCUUCAGUUCUAACUUGUCUUUGGUUUUUUUUCAUUUCCCUCUCCUUCAGUCCUUUUCUUUCUUUAAUUCUUUUUCCCUUUCACUUCUUUUUGCCUGUAAAUCCUUUCCCUUUUAAUUUAUUUUUAAUCAGUUCUUAGUUUGUUUGAUGUCUCCUUUGUUUUCAUCCCUUUCCCUGAUCUCUCAUAAACACUUGUUUAACUUCUAAAACUAGCUUUAAUUUGUUUCAGAUGCUCAGACUGUGAUUGCUUUCCUGAAAACAUAUGGACUAGAGGAUGAUUUUAAGGUUAGCCUGCUUACAACAACACAAAACUUGUUACUUAUAUCUUAGAUCUCUCAGUACAAGUGGUUAGAGCAUCUGACUAGUGGUAUACAGAUUGGAAGGUGUAGGGUUUAAGGGGGCUGUGUCAUAGUUCAUUCGGUCCAUUCAGCUCAUUCAGUCUAGUUCAUUGGUUAAUAAUGCCAACUGCGAUGUGUCUUUAUUAUUUGCAAUGGAGUUUGAUAGAAUACAUGUAAAUGGAAAAAUUACAGCUUUAUGUCAAACAAAUAAAUUGUCUCCCAAAGGCAGUAUAUCAAACGUUUCAAACGACACAAAUUGCAGCAGGCAGGAUGCGUGUCAAAUAUGAACCUAGUAUAGGGCCUCGCUCUUCAUGAGUUCUCUGUAGCUCAAGUGGAUGGAGUGCCCACCCGGUGUUAAUUGGGAGGUCACAGGUCUGAAUCCUGUCGGUGACUCAGAUUUUUCUUUGUCCCACACUGGUGACAUGUGAUUAAUUCAUUUUCACAACAUACACAACAUAAAUAAACUUUGAAUACCUGUUAGGCAAACAAGUUUUCACAAACAACAAUUGCAAUCCAUUUCAAUCUUCUCAAGUUUUUCCAUCCGACUGCCUCCUUUUUGUGUUUGCUGUAUUAUUUAUACCUUCCCUUCAUUUUCUAAGCAGUUAUUUCACUGAGUUUGGUGGUGGUCCCUAAUGUUUGAAUUUGGAUAAAUUUCGUGAUACAGCUCAAUUUUAUCUGACGUCCUCUCUCCACACAUAAUUAUUGUUUCAUUUAUUACUCUAUUUUUUUUCUGCACUGUUUUUCACAGCUGAAUAUUGAGCCUAAUCACACCACCCUUGCUGGGCACUCCUAUGAACACGAUGUUGUAAUGGCCUCAAAGUACGUUAUUUUUUUCUGGUUUCCACCCUAGCUUUUUCUUUUCUGUCAUCUUCUUCAGCCUACACCACCCACAUCGACGCCAAAUGUUUGAACAGACACGCUUACCUGUGCAAGUCUUGAAGUAGGGAACUUGCUGAGAGGAAUUAGAGUUUCCCCCUAGCUCAUGUUAUUAUUAUUUUUAAUUCGCUCCACUGAUUUGUUCACUCACUUUACAAUUACAGGAAGACCGAUUGCAAUCUUAACCUCACAUUAGACUGCAGCUUAUGUUUGCAGGGAAUCAUUUUAUUUUUUGCACUCUGAGGGUUACAGUUUUGUCAUUUGUAUGACUUUCAGGAGUCGCAAAGUUAAACAAAUCUAAAUCGUCUUUUCUUUGUCGUGAACAGGUUUGGUUUUCUUGGUUCAAUUGACUCCAACACUGGAUCACCUGAUCUUGGUUGGGACACAGAUCAGUUCCCCAUGGAUAUUAAGAACUGCACGCUUGUUAUGAAGGUUCGUAUACUUAAAGCCAUGAAAUAUACACUGAGCAACUAGUCGCGUUGUAUUGAGGUGGUAGAAAGUUCAGACUUGAGAGGCCACAACGGCAAUGACAGUGACAAUGAAGAAAUUUAUUAUCACGUUUGCAAACUGCAAACGUUAAUUAGUACCACGUAGAGUGUUCCCUUUACUCAGUUUCAUUCAAAAGAACUACUAUGGAUAGUGUUUAUCUGUCCAUUUUCUAUUUUGGGAAAUUGUCUCAUAGCAUCUGACGUUUGCCUUUUGCCGUAAACGUGAUUCUACUGAAUCUAUUUAAAUCACCAAAAACAGGUUCGACAGAGAGAACCUUAUGAGUAAUGAAGACUUACACUGUAAAAGGCAACAAGUAUUUGGUGCAUUAUUUGCGGUUAUCCGCGAAACAAAUAGACUGCAUUAUAGUCUUUUCAAAUACGAUACUCGACGAAAAACCGUUACACAACGAAGCAAAAAUGUGAGGCAAUUUUCAUUAACGUGCCUAUAAAACUCUAUUGUAGGCCAUUAUCGAACAGGGAGGACUGACACCUGGUGGACUUAACUUUGACUGUAAAAUUCGUCGUGAAUCAACUGACUUAGAGGACAUGUUUAUAGCUCACAUCGGUAAGUCUGUUAUGUAUAAAUGCAGUAGAAAGAGUGAAAUAAGUGUGAAAAGAUACACGUACUAUCCUGUUAAAAUGGUGCAGAAUAUCAAUACAAAAUAAAGCUAACAGAAAAACAAACAAACAAAACUGCACUUUAUUUGAGUGUCAAUGUAUUUAGUAUGAAAUUGCUAAUUGGAGGUACUAUAUUGUACGUCUCCUAUAAAUGGAGACGGAAGAUACACGUACUAUCCUGUUAAAAUGGUGCAGAAUUUCAUUACAAAAUAAAGCUAACAAAAAAACAAACAAACAAAAGUGCACUUUAUUUGAGUGUCAAUGUAUUUAGCAUGAAAUUGCUAAUUGGGGGCACUAUAUUUUACGUCUCCUAUAAAUGGAGACGGGACCACCAUUUUACGUGGUCAUCCGAGCCACGCGAAGGUCCUGCCGCCUACAGGGCGAAGGAAGUACCUUCAUUUCUCGUUUAUUUUAAGGCCCUGUAUAUUGGUGCGGUCCCGGGAAUCGAACCCGCGACCUUCCGCUCUGCAGUCAAGCGCUCUACCGACUGAGCUAAUCCUGCCGAAGUUACUUUAAAGUAUUUUUCGCAAAAGGCUAGUGAAGAAAAGAGUGAAAGUGUUUUGCAUGUGAACGUACCGGGGUAUUUGGGCCACAGAGCUGAGGUGACUACGUGGCCUGACCUUAUUUCCUUCGCAUGAAACAACGAAGAGUCAGGGUAGAUACAGGGGGUAGUCCUUCAACCUUACUCUUGCGGCUACAAUCCCCUCCUUUCUUUUCUCUGUUACCCCUUCUUUAAGCGGCUAUGUCACGCUAUUUGCUGUAUGUUUUUGACGAGCUAAAAUGCGUCUUCGUAUCAAUUGAAUUCCAAUAGUAAUGUCCCAAUUUUGUUAUUUUAGACUAUAUUCAGGCAUUAAAACUUUUUUCCUGUCGUCCAUUGCUACAGAUGGCAAGGAUGGACAUGGACUGAAAGUUGUAAAAGUUAGGAACACUUUUUCAAGUUUUAAUGUUUUACCUGCAAAAUAAAAAAAGUAUUGGUUACUAUUGCUCCUUGAUGAAAUUUCUUUGAUAAUUUCUUCAUACCUCUAUAGGAGUAUUUUUGUGUGCAAAUAAAUGACCUCAGCACAGAAUUGACCAGCUUGACUUUAAACAGCAACGUUAUCCUGACAAGUGUCCUGACAUAGCCCCUUUAAUCUGAGGGGAACCCAUUUCUCCUCCUUAAAAAAAUCUUCGAUUCACUCUGGGGCCAGUUUCUCGAAGUCUCCGUAAUUACUGGGCCCGGACAUUGUAGUUGUUCAUGUUUUACGUUUACCAUGUUUCCAUUCAAGAUCGAAGUCUAGUAGUUUCGAUAAUGAAGCAAAAAAAAAACAAAAAAACUACCAGUUAAUGAAACAAAACAGUGGACUUCUUAGGGUGUUUACAAGCUGCACUCCCAUUGGCUUCGGAUCAAAAGAACUACCGGAGACUUUCGAAAAAUAGGCCUCGGGUUAGAAUAUUCAUUGGGCUCCUUUCUGUUUUAGGUGCAAUGGACUCGUUUGCUCGAGGACUUAAAAAUGCUGCCAAGCUCAUUGAAGACGGGACGUUAGAUUCUUUAGUCAAGGUUGGUUAGAAAACGUAUUCCAUUCCAAGUAAAGAUCAGCCUUUGUGCGAAUUUUGACAAACUAUUUUCUCGUUGCCACUGCGUAUUGGGUUUUUUAGGACGGUUCGUUCCAACUAAAGUUGUUUUUACCCUGGUCAUGAAUAUAUAAGAGAGGUGCGUAUCGGCAAACUUAAUCAUUCAUUCCCCAUUUUAAGCUACUGUCAACACUUUGCAGCAUCAAGAUUUAAGCUGAGGUGAAAAGUGUGCUCGCUGUUAUAAACCUUGCUUUUGUAUUGAAAAAAGAUCACCGAUUGUAAUAAUCACCAAGAAGAAGUUACCAAAAUUGAUUGUAUUAUAAUUGUCUAAGAAAAUGAUCGAAAUGCUGUGUAUGCCUUUACAAGAGGCCUGUCCUAUUUAUAAGGAUUUAUUUAACCUUGAUUGAACCUUGAUCAGAAUAAUCGGACGACAACGUUCAUUUUCUGAUUUUGAUUCCAGGAUCGUUACAGUAGUUUUGAUAAAGGAAUCGGAGCAAAAGUGGAGAAAGGAACGACCUCUUUAGAGGAACUUGAGGUUAGUCCGGGGCAGGGGUUCUUUACUGGUAGGUUCUUUUAUGAAUGUCUUCUAAAUUAAGCACGAGAAAGAAUACGAGGGUGAGAGUAGCGCGAGUUUUAACAAGCGCCGCGGUCCAUUCUAAUAAAAGUAAAUACAGUCGAAGUGAGACCACCUCUCGUGAGCGACCACCUCCCAUAUAGCGACCUCUUAGAUCCAAAACACCAAACUGUUUCUAGUGAAAUCGCUACAGUUGCAGCCUCUCGUAAACUACCACCUCUCAUAAGCAAUCGCUCCAACCUUUUUGGAUGACGGCCUAAAAAUGUUCCAUUGUUUUUAUCCACCUGAGCCAUUGUUUGAUGUCUAUGUUCGCUGUAUGUAGUACCCUACUCAGAGUAUGCGAAGAACUUUUUGUGACAAUAUGAAACUACACAUAUCGUUAACGAAUUCUCUUACGUAUUCAGACCUCUUCUGUGAGGGGAAACCAUGAAGUUCGAUUCUUGUAAGCGACUGUACUUGGUCUAGAGUGUACAAGAAGUGUUUCUGUACGAGCAUAUAGCGGGCGAGUAAGGGCGAACGCGUAAGGCAUCGCUUGAAUUCUCUAUGUUCGUUGUAUGUACUUCACUACUAAGAGAAUGCGAAGUGCUUUUGGUGACAUCAUGAAACUACACAUGUUGAAGCUUUGUACAGUCUAACCCCUCCUUACCGACACCUCUAUAAUACGGACACCUCUCUAUUACGGACAGUUCGUUUGGUCCCAGAAAUGCCAAAAAUCAUACGUUCCCUACCUCUAUAACAUGGACACCUCUGUAAAGCGAACAAUUGGUUCUGUCCCUUUGAUGUCCGUAUUAAAGACGUUUGACUGUAAUUGCACACAGAGAAUUCUCUUCCAAAAUGUAGAUGUGUUUGGUCCUCUUCUAGGAAGGAGCCCCUUGUGGUUCGAUUCUUGUAGGCGACCACCUCCCGGAAGUGACUGCUAGAUCUUCGCAUUUUGGGUGGUCGCUUGCGGAAGGUUUGGCUAUAGGUGAUUCUAAUAACAUUCUAUUUGGAUUUACUUUUGCCAGGCUUACAUCUUGGAACAAGGGGAACCAGAGCUUAUAUCUGGCAAACAGGAGAAAUGCGAAGCCAUCGUCAAUUUCUUCGCGUAGGCAAACUAUGAAUAAUGAAAUCCCGGGAAUGAAAUGCGUAACAUAACGGACAGUAAAAAUACAGGCAUUAAUGAUCAUAAAACUCGUCGUAUUUUGAAACUUGGUGCAAAAGUUGUUAGACUAUAUUUCAACUUUUUAAACUGAAAGAGUGGAUAAAA